AUUGUGAACUGAACGAUGGCCCCUCCUCGCCGCCGCGCCAACAAGAAAGCUGGGUCUGACUCCUAUGCAAACCUUUCCGCCGAUGAGCGCAAGCAGCAAGGCGGUGAUGCCAAGACCCGAGGCAAUGCUGCCUACAGCUCGGGCGAUUUCGCCACGGCCAUCAAGGAAUUCACCACGGCCAUCGCUUACGAACCCCACAACCACGCUUACUUCUCCAACCGAUCGGCUGCUUACCUGAACAAUGGCAAUGCUGCGGCUGCUUUGCAAGACGCCAACAAGUGUAUCGAGAUCGAUGCCAAGUGGAGCAAGGGUUACGCUCGCCUCGGUGCCGCGUACUACUACGUCAAGAGCUACGAAAAGGCCAUCUCAGCCUACACGAAGGGAUUGUCCCUUGAAAAGGGCAACAAGCAACUCCAAGCCGGUUUGACCCAAGCGCAAGCAGCUCUCCAAGUUCUCGAAGAAGAGCAGAGUGGUGUGGAUAUGGACGACGCCACGCGCAAGUUGAAGCGCCUCGAGAUCGAAGAAAAGAUCAACAAGGCCCGCGCCGACCGCGAAGAAAGCGCCAAGCGCGCCGAGCGUGGUUUCUCGGAGGUGAUCGGGAUCGAUCUCGGUACCACCUACUCGUGCGUGGGUGUGUGGAAGGACGGCCAAGUGGAAAUCAUUGCCAAUGCCGAAGGCAACCGCACGACCCCUUCGUGGGUGGCGUUCAACGAAACCGAGCGCUUGAUCGGUGAAGCUGCUAAACUUCAGGCCGCGUCCAACGCCACCAACACGGUGUUCGACGCCAAGCGUAUCAUUGGCCGCAACUUUAGCGACCCCAUCGUGAAGAAGGACGCCGCGCACUUCCCCUUUAAGAUUACCAAGGGAGAAGGUGACAAGCCGUUGAUCGAAGUGUCUUUCCGCGGCGAAGCCAAGAGCUUCACCCCCGAAGAAAUCUCGUCGAUGGUGCUGACCCGCAUGAAGGAAACCGCGGAAAACUACCUCGGCCAAGAGAUCAAGCAAGCCGUGGUGACCGUGCCUGCGUAUUUCAACGACCAGCAGCGUCAAUCCACCAAGGACGCCGGCGCCAUCGCUGGCCUCGACGUGAAGCGCAUCAUCAACGAGCCCACCGCCGCCGCCCUCGCGUACGGCUUGGACACGAACGCCGGCGCGGAAGGCAAGUCGAACAUUUUGAUCUUCGACUUGGGCGGAGGCACGUUUGAUGUGUCCAUCUUGUCGAUUGAGAACGGCAUCUUCGAAGUCAAGUCCACGGGCGGUGACACGCACUUGGGUGGCGAAGACUUUGACUCGAACAUGGUCGACUACUUGAUCACCGAGUUCAAGCGCAAGAACAAGAACUUGGACCCGACGACGUCGGCCCGGUCCAUGCGCCGCCUGCGCACGGCGUGCGAGUCUGCCAAGCGCAUGCUUUCCACGACCACCAGCGCCACCAUCGAAGUGGACUCGCUCUUCGAAGGUGUGGACUUUAGCUCGACCAUGACGCGCGCCAAGUUUGAGUCGCUCAACGACGAGUGCUUCAAGCGCACGGAAGAAACCGUGUUGAAGGUGUUGCAAGACGCCAACAUGGAGCCCGGUCAAAUCACCGAACUGGUGCUCGUGGGCGGGUCCACGCGUAUCCCCAAGGUGCAAAACAUGCUGUCGGGUCUGUUUGGCGGCAAGGAGCUGAGCAAGUCCAUCAACCCCGAUGAAGCCGUGGCGUACGGCGCGGCCGUGCAAGGCGCGAUCCUGAGCGGCAUCCGCAACGACGCGACCAACUCGUUGUUGCUGGUGGACGUGACGCCCUUGUCUCUGGGCAUUGAGUUGGUGGGCAAGGUCAUGUCGGUGCUGAUCAAGCGCAACACGGCGAUCCCGGUCAAGAAGACGCGCAUCUACACGACCGAAGAAGACUUCCAGACCACGGAAAAGGUCGUCAUCUACGAAGGCGAGCGCGCGUCGGUGGUGGACAACAACAAGCUCGGUGAGUUUGAAAUCACGGGCAUCGAGCGCGCCAAGCGCGGCGAGCCCAAAUUGGAAGUGACGUUUGAGAUCGACGCCAACGGCAUCUUGCACGUGAGCUGCAAGGACAAGAAGACCGGCGCCAAGAACCAGACCACGAUCAGCAACAACCGCGGCCGGUUGAGCCAGGAAGACAUUGACCGCAUGGUCGACGAGGCGGAGAAGUACAAGAAGGCGGACGCUUUGCUGUUGAAGCGCAUCGAAGCGCGCAACGAGUUGGAAGGGUUCAUCUACCGGUACCUCGAAGUGGCGACCAAGAAAGGCGAAGCGGCCGCUGAAAAUUUGCUGCGAGAAACCCGCGACUGGUUGGAAGACCACACCGAAGCCACGGUCAAGGAACUCGAAGACAAGAAGCGCGCGUUGGAGCGUGUGUGUAGAUUUUAAACCCACGUGGAAUGCAAUCGUUCUCGUCCUAAACAAACAAAAUCGACCGUAACGUUUCUCAGACCACUCCGAAAUGGGCUCUUUUGUUUCGUUGGACACGUGAUACAAAAGCUCGUCUAACUGUAAACACAUGUGGGCCUUGCGC